AUGGAGUGCCAACUCCCAGAAAAUUCAACCACCAAGACUAGUCAUAAUCUGAUACCUGCUACCCCAACAUGCACCAACUGUUCUUGUUUCUUCUGCAUCAUGUCUGAAACAGUUCCUUCCCUCAGGGGAGCGAAAAUAGCCCACUACUUCAAACAAAUGUCUCUCAGAGACGACCAAGAACAUAUCUUGGUGUUAAGUAGUCUCUGGAAAAUCGCUAUAACUAAACCAAACGAUACAGAAUUUCCUUCCCUUGGCAUCUUUAGAUGUAUGGCCAAAUUAAUUCAGAAAGGCGUCACGCACAAAGAUUGGCUUCUUAGAUUUCAGAACAUAUAUAUCCCUUAUUAUGCAGCACACAUCAUUGGUUCCUAUACCAUGAACAAAGCUAAGAUUGCGGAAAAAGCAGUUAAGUCCAACGUGGUUCAGCCACUAAUGGAACUGCUUCGAGGUAAGAUGAGUUGGAUUGAAAAGAGAGUUGCACUUCGGGCACUUGGUCAUCUUGCCAGCCAUGAAGAAACUUUUGAAGCCGUUGCUGAACACGAAGGUGAAGUCAUAGAAGCAGCCAUUCAUAUAGCUUCCAUGUGCCUAGACGAGGUAUAUGAAAAGUUUGUUGGCUUGAAUGAAUCAGAGAGGUUGGAGUACCAUAGGAAUUUGUUAACAAGAGGGCAUGGAGGCUUGGAACUAGAGAAUAGAAAGGCAGAGGAAUGGGCUAGUCAGCUUCAGUGUUGGUCUCUCUAUCUUCUAGAUUGCUUUGCAUGUAAAGAAAGAUCUCUCAGAUUAAUCUGCAAGAAGCAAUUCUUAAAGGAUUUAUGUGGAAUGUGGGGUGGACUAACAAACCCAACUUCACCUGCUGGAAUAGGGCUUCUCAGAACUCUCUGUCACACCCAAAUAGGGAGGGAAAGUAUAGCACAUUUGCAUGAAGUGAUAGUGAAUCUUUGUAAUGUCUCAAGAUCCUCAGAUGAUCGGAAACACAUGGCUAUUGAUAGUCUUCUGCAACUACUCAGAGAUCCAGUUACAAGAUAUAAAGUAAUAGAUACUGCUGCUCCAGUUCUUGUUGAUUUGGUUGAGCUCAGAAGCAUAGGUGGGAAACAGAAAAUAGGACAAACAAUCAUGCAGGUUCUGUUACAGGAUUACCACAAAAUCAAGUUUUGUAAGUUGAAUUUGAAGAGUGAAAGAACCAAGAGAACAUUAGAAGAGUUAUGGGAUUUGAAGGUAGACAGAGUCAAGAGAGAAAGCUUAAUGACUGAACAAGAAAUCAUAGAAAAAGAAAUCUUAGCUGGUGUUUUGAAACAAGAAGGAAAUCAGGAAUUUCGGUCAGGGAACGUUGAAAAGGCUGUGAUGAAGUACACAGAGGCUUUGGAAUUUUGCCCAUUAAAAAUUAUGAAAGAGAGAAUUGUGCUUCAUAGCAACAGAGCUCAGUGUCACUUGCUUCUUAGAAAUCCCGAAGCUGCUCUCAGCGAUACCACUCGAGCUUUGUGCCUAUCGAAUGUGGCGUGUCUUCACAGUAAGAGUUUGUGGAGAAGAUCACAAGCUUAUGACAUGAAAGGGCUCGCUAAGGAGAGCUUGAUGGAUUGUUUAAUGUUCAUUAGCAACCGCUUUGGGUCUCGGAAGACAAAGGGAUUUAAGAUCCCAUACUACGCGGCACGUAUGCUUAACAAGCAGAUGAACGCCACGUGGCUCUUUGCUUCAGCCAAGUCAAGUUGUUAUAGCAUACACGAUGAACCGAAAAAUUACAUGGUCGAAAAUAAAAUUGAUGCCAUCAACUUGAGGAAGAAGACGAGGAGAACAAUGAAAGGUACAGCUAACUUUGUGGAAGGACCUUUCAAUGCGAGAAGAGUAUGGAACAGAAGAAAGUUGGGAAAGGCAAGUCACGGCAGAAAAGUAAUAAGUAAUACAGUUUAUAGAAACCAGGAUAGCGUCCAGAAGGGUGAGACUUAAGCAAAGUGAUUUAUCUGCAGCGCAGUGAGAAGCAGGAACAUACAAACUGGGAUCUUUUGCAUUGGCAUGUAA